GGGAACUGUAGUGAAGUUGUCUCAAGGGUAGAACUUGUGGGCUAUUUCGUUUCGAGGAUUCGCGAUGUUCUAGUUUGAAUAAACCGUAAUUUUUCACCAACGUUCUUGACAAUCGGAUGAGAUGAUAUCUUGUCAUCCCAACUGGCCCCAUAACUUUAAACCAACAUAUCAAAUGUAGGUUCGACAGCCCUUACUUAGGUCCAAACUACCUAUUACAUGUCAUCUAUUAGCGAUUCUCCGGAUAAUCAUAAACAAGCUAGACUGCCAGGACAUCUCGUAUACAUAGGAAUAUGGAUAUUAACUUAGCCAACCACUCGGUACGUCCUAUCUCCAUGCGGUUGUGUUACAUCCGGCCACAUCUCGCUCACCAAGGCCCUCUCGGCCGCAAGCGGUAGUCGGUAAGGACCCGGGAGGUCGAGACCGGGCUCGCGGGUACGCUGCGAUAUAUAUAUCUGUCUUACUACCCAUGCUGGUGGCAAACGCAGAAAAAUAGAUGACAAGGUGCCAAUAUCGAAUACUCCCUUGCUCUACUAGAUAAGUCAACGACGCGGCCGAUCAUCUUCUCGGUCUGACGUUUCCUCUUCUCUUCCUCGCUGCAUCGUAGACUUUUCCCGCGAAAACCCCUUGCGUGACGUCCGAUAAGAAAUCGAGAUUUAUACCCGCGAGCUAGGAUAUUCCACACCGCAUUGCAAGAUGAAGCUCCCACAAUCCCUCCUCCUAGCCCUGCAAUACACCACAACCGCACUCGUCCUAGCAGCACCCGUAACCGUGUCCACGGCCGCAGAAGAAGCGCCCGCGUCGUGGCGCCUGGACUGCGGGUCCCCCGGGAUCACGGCGAUGUGCUCGGCGAGCAACAACGGCGCGCACUGCGACCCGGUUUCUGGCGACUUGACGAUUAUCCUCGCGGGCACGUGCGGUGCGUGUAAGUGUGUGAGCGAGGGGCAGUGUUCGAGGGGGUGUGGGAAGGAGGUGGAGGAUGAGUGAUGUGUGGUGGUGGAUGGAAUUGUGAUGGUGGUGAUGGUGCUGGUGAUGCGUAGGUGAUAGAUGGAUAGGUGGUGGUGGCGGGGAGGGGCGGAGGGGAGGGGUUAGGCAGAUUAGGGGGCGCGGGUUACUACACUCUUUAGCUGUGCUGUGCUGGUGGCGGAUGUUGAAUGAAGCGAAAAUGCUGUAUGGAUAGAUGUGCCCUUGGAGUGAUUGAUGAAUUUGGAAUAUACGGCGCUGGAUAACGGGUUUAUAAUCGGACAAGACGGAAGGGAAAGAUCGCGGAAUGUAUUCGAAUUAUACACAUGCUACCUAAACAUCCUUCUGCGAUAUUUCGACUCGGGCAUAUGGCUCCUUUGUACUAAUCUGUGUAGAUGAGGAGCCUCGCCAGGAAUUAAGCAUUGCGACAAUGAAGAUAAAUGAGAAGUGUUCACCUCGUGAGGCGGUAUUGCACUUGAUAACACGAACAUUUGAAGAAGAUGGCCUG